AUGAGUGCAGAAACACAAGCUACUCUUCUUCUUAAGAGACAGCUUCAGGGUAUGUUAUUACAACCGAAAGUAAGACCCUUUUCUCUUCCAUUUUGAUGCGAUGCUAACAGUAAGAUGGCGAUGAUUUCUUUUCUAGAACUGCAAAAGAAACCUCUUGAAGGCUUUUCUGCGGGCCUUGUUGAUGAUGACAAUCUUUUCAAAUGGGAACUGAUGAUAAUAGGACCCCCAGAAACAUUCUAGUAAGUUUAUUUCUCAGAGUUAGCUUUGUAGUUAGCACAUAAUAUGGACUUGAUGUACUUCUAUCGAUACGUGAAAAGUUUAUUUUUGCGCAUUGGGCCGAUCGAUGUGCUAAGUUUAAUUUCUUUUAUUUUUACCAUAGCGAGGGAGGCUAUUUCAAAGCGCAUUUGAUCUUCCCUAAAGAAUACCCACAAAGACCACCAAAAAUGACAUUUGUGUCGGAGUUUUGGCAUCCCAAUGGUAAGUACGCAGGGACAUAUUGCGUGAACCUUUUCAGUAACACGUUUUAGUUUGCUUUGUGAUUGUGUCGUGAUGUUGUUGGAAAAAAUGCCACUUCUGUCGUUUAGUGCACAAAACAUCCGUGAAGAUUGAAAGGAAAACGUUUAGGGCAGAGAUGAUCCAGGGAUUAAGGAAACACGUUUGUACAUCUGUUAUAUUCCAACCAUGCUUUCAUUUAUGUCAGGGAAUUUCAGCAUUUUUAUGUGAAAUCCAGUGCUGUAUUUUCUAUAGACCACUAACUACAUUAUGUUAAAAAGAGAAAAAAUCGGAUGCUCUUUGUUCAGCAUCUACCAUUAAUUCCACGCUUAAACCAUGCUGACCAAGGCGAUCUCAGAAUUUUUCUGACCAGUAGAAGUUAACACGUUUGAGUCCUCAAAAAGAGAAAUUUGUUACAAAAAUAUUAGGUGCGGUUACACUAGACCUUUUCCUCAGAGAGCCCCUAACGACUUCUUGAGGAAAGUAAUCGUGGAUGAAUACUGAUGGAAAAAAGCUAAAUUUCUGAUUGUCUCAAAGUGCUUUUGAACUUGUUAAAUGCCAAAAUAUUUACAGCAGUACUCAAAAUCCUGUUGUGUUGUCAAACUUAAGUGCAGUUUUGCAUAGGUUUUGUUGCCAAGUUGAACACUACUAAUUGGUACAUUUCACUGGUUCAUGAUUGGUUAAGCUGCUUUGGUUUCUCACCAACUCACAGAACCUAAUUUGGAAAACGUCAUGGGGAAUUCUUUUGUUCUUUUUUACCUACGGUAUCCAUGGAAAUUUCCCAAGGCAAAUUCACCUUGGGAAAAUCGGUCACCCACAGAAAGUUGCUUCCCCCGUGGGCAACAGUCAUCUGCCCAUGGGUAAAACUGCCUGUGUAAUCCCACCUGUUAUAAGCUUACAGCAUGUAAUGAGCACUGGAUGUUCUGCAAGUUUUUGAUUGACUGUUACAAAAAUCACGGUCUGCCACUUCUGCUUAAUGUAUCCUGAGUUUAUAUCAUGGAGAAUUUGUUUUCUCUGUUUGUUUGGCAAGGCGUAAAGUUUUGAAAUGUGUCUAUAUUGGUUACCUAAAAAGAUUAGCAGAGGUUAUUAACCUAUUCACUCUUGGAAAUUUUUUUCGAAAAGCACCUUUAAAGCUGCAUUAUUAGAGCCACUGUAAAGGUUUAUAUAGCAAAAUUGCCUCUUCGUCUAUGUGAUAAAUCAGGAGAAUUCUCUUGUUAGACCCCAUUUUAUUUUUCAUGUGACUGUAGUAAACUGUCACCUGGUUAGCUCAGUUGGGAGUGUGCUGGUCUGCUGAGCAGGAGGUCGCGGGUUCAAACCCUGGGCGGAUUAACACUACGGGUCUUUAAAUAACUAAGAACAAAGUGCUGUCUGUGUAAUGACAUUUGCAAAUGGUUAUAGACUUUCUAGUCUUCUUGGAUAAGGACAAGAAAAAAUUGUAGGCCCUGCCUCACAGCACUUCUACUUAUCUGGUUCUUGAGGGACAUAAAAGAACCCACACCACUAUUCGAAAAGACUAGGGGAUGUACCCCCAGUGGUGUGGCCAACCGUUCCUGGGCUGGGUGGGUUAUCUAUAAGGAAAGAUUAUAAUAUAGGGAUAAAAUCAUGAUUCUCCUUCACGUGUCAUAAUAACUAGCUGUAAACAGUGUAUAUGUGAUUUGCUCACUGGUGUUUUUUUAUUUCAGUUCAUAAAGAUGGUGAAGUUUGUAUUUCUAUCCUUCAUGAGCCUGGUGAAGACAAAUAUGGUUAUGAGAAAGCAGAAGAACGUUGGCUUCCAGUUCACACUGUUGAAACUAUCUUGUUGAGUGUUAUUUCAAUGAUUUCUGAUCCAAAUGAUGAAUCACCAGCCAACGUCGAUGCUGCUGUAAGUAAUAUUUUUUUCAAAAAUACUUGUAAGUAAAACGGUUUCAACAGUUUUGUUUUACCUGGAAAAGUAAAAGCAAGUGACAUUACUAAAAGACAAUAUUACUAUUAGCCUGCAAAAACAGCAGUCUCUCCUCACUCCUCGCCGCUAGGGAUGUUUCAUCAGAAAUGACAUCUGCGCCUCAGCAACAGAAAUUUCAUACUGAUGACGUAAAUCAUUGUUUACAUAAGAAAUCAGAUAGUCAUGGGGUUCCAAAUGUAAAUUUGUUCAAUUUUAUAUGUCUCCAGGUGGAUUAGUGGUAAAGUUUAACUUAAACAACUUUUUGUCUGACUUAACAGAAAGAGUGGAGAAACGAUUAUCAUGGAGCAUUCAAGAAGAAUGUUAAGCGGUGUGUGAGAAAAAGUCAAGAUAAUCUUUAA